ACUCAUAACACAUCACAACCAAAAAAAAAAAAAAAAGCAUAUGGGAAGCCUUCCUGUCAUUGAAGACCUCAAGGUCACUCUCCAUGACACCUCCCUGGUUUUUCCAUUUCAAGAAAAUGAGAGAAAAUCCAUGUUCUUGUCAAACAUAGACCAAGUUCUCAAUUUCAAUGUCCAAACAGUCCAUUUCUUCCCGGCUCACCCGGACUUCCCUAGUGAAAUUCUGGCAGAGAAGGUCCGAACCGCGUUUUGUAAGGUACUAGUUCCCUAUGAUUUCUUGGCAGGUAGGUUGAAACUGAAUCCUGAAUUGGGUCGGUUUGAGAUCGAUUGCAAUGGAGCCGGGGCGGGCUUCGUGGUGGCCUCUAGCGAGUUUACCUUGCAUGAGAUUGGUGAUUUGGUUUAUCCUAACCCGGGUUUUCGACAACUUAUUAUCCAGAGUAUGGAUAAGUUGGGACCAAAUGAUCAGCCCCUAUGCAUUGUCCAGGUGACAUCAUUCAAGUGUGGUGGUUUUGCAAUUGGUAUAUCAACAAACCAUGCAACAUUUGAUGGGUUGAGCUUCAAAAUCUUCCUCCAAAACCUAGCAUCCCAAGCUUCUGACAAACCCCUGCUUGUCAUUCCCUGCAAUGACCGCCGACUCCUGGCCGCUCGAUCCCCGCCACGUGUCACCUUCCCUCACCCUGAGCUGCUCAAGCUCAAACUCCCAGGCCAAGAAACCCCAAACCCUACAGUCUUUGAUUGCCCUAAGGAAGACCUUGACUUCAAAAUCCUCCGGCUAAGCUCCGGCGACCUAUCUUCCCUCAAGGAGAAGGCAAAAACCGGAGCAAUGAACGCCGGCAAAACCAUCAAGAUCACCGGCUUCAACGCGGUGACGGCGCAUAUCUGGCGAUGCAAGGCCUUGUCAUGUGCCAGUACUACAGAAGAAGAAGCCCUAGAAAGGUCCUCCACCGUACUUUACGCGGUGGACAUAAGGCCGAGGUUGCGUCCACCGCUGCCACCGUCGUACACCGGGAACGCGGUGCUGACGGCUUACGCGACGGCCAAGUGCCGGGAGCUGGAGGAGGGGCCCUUCUGGAGGUUGGUGGAGAUGGUGGGAGAGGGAGCUGGUAGAAUGACAGAUGAGUAUGCAAGGUCUGCCAUAGAUUGGGGAGAGGUGUACAAAGGGUUCCCACAUGGGGAGUUCCUGAUUUCUUCAUGGUGGAGAUUAGGGUUUGCUGAAGUUGAGUAUCCAUGGGGGAAGCCAAGGUAUAGUUGUCCUGUGGUGUGCCACAGGAAGGAUAUCAUCUUGCUCUUUCCUGACAUUGAAGGUGUUGACAAUGAUGGGGUCAAUGUUUUGGUGGCUCUCCCUGCUAAAGAGAUGGUGAAAUUCCAAACCCUAUUCCAUAAGCUCCUACCAUAAACACACACUAUCUCUCUCUAGCUUUAUGGGUGUGAAAUAUAUAUAGCGAGAAAAUCUUUCUUGCACCGAGAGUACCGUGUCGAUAUCAGUGUAAUCAACCAAUUAUGUCGGGUGAAGAAAUUAUUAGAUGGUUUAAGACCGAUUGCUAGUUGACACUCGAACAAAAAGCUGAAUAAAGCUAACACGUUGCCUCUGUGUGUUUCAGCUAGUAAUUGGCCGAGACCACCAUCUACUAGUUUUUCGUAUCUUGUCACAUAAAUAAGAAUGUAUCUAUUUUAGUAGGUCGACAUAUCACUACAUGUGUCGGUGUUUGGUUAGUGGGUGAUCCUAUCAUCGCUACUUGAUCCCGGCACAAUAAAGAUUUUCUUGUGUACUUAAUUAGUGAUGCGAGUUAAUAUAUUUGUGAUACAAUAUGAAAUUAAUGGAUGAACUACUGCAUGUGAUUAGAAGUGUUAUUAAGUCA